AUGGCUUCUAAGGAAAGGACAUCAUGGAACAAUGAGGAUAUUGAGAUAUUUUUGGAUUUAAUAAAAGAAAACAAAAAGUCAAGAGGUGGUAAGUAUAAUUGGGACACAAUUAUAUUACGUUUGAAUGCGGAAACAGGGAAAGAGUUUGAAAAGAAACAAUUGGAAAACUUUUAUAGUGACAUUAGAGGAAAAUUUAAAGCUUGGAACGAACUUAAAAGUUGGAUAGGAAUUGGUUGGAAUGAGGAAACGGGUUGCCCUGUGAUUGAUCCAAAAGAUGAGAAGUGGAAGGCAUUUAUAAAGAAACAUAAGAACUCUUCAAGCUUUCUAAAGAAACCCUUGAUAUUUGAGGAUAAGUUGUAUGAUAUAUUUGUUGGGACGUAUGCAACAAGUAACAAAUCUUGGUCUCCCGCCGUUGGAGGACCGACCAUACAAACCAAACACAAACAACCCAUGAUUCUUGUUCAAGAUGAUUUUAAGGAAGGAGUUGGGGAUUCUGAAGAAGAACUUAGAACCAAAGAUGAUGAUAUGGAAGAUACUGAAAGGUCAGCUUACGAAAGCAGGUCCCCUCUCAAGAGCAUAUCUUCUAGCAAACGUAAGAGUUCGGAUUGCGGUGCUACCUCUAGAAAGAGUGUGAAGGAUGACAUUGAAACUUGCAUGGAUUAUUUAAGAAGAAACAUGCAACUUGGUUCCUCUAAGACACAACCUAGACCAUCUCCAUCAAAAUAUGAAAAAAUGAUUUCAAUAUUGGAAGGAAUGCUGGCAGUUAGCAACUACGGAAAGUCUUUCAUUCUUCAAGUGUUGGAGUUCUUACGUGAUCCAGAUGAAAGUGAUUUAUUUUUGUCUCUUCCGGAUAAUGAGUUUAGAAUCUUGUAUUUUGAAGACAAAAAUCUCAUUCCCAAAUGA